CAUCGUGUGUUCCGGGCGAGUCGGAGGAUGCGGACAAUUGGGCGAGGGAUCCAUGGUGGAGUCGCGAGGAGUGAGCGCUUGGAGGCGAGAGGGUGGAGAGGGGGGUUCGAACGAGUGUUUUCAAUUGGGAAACGGAGGGGUCAGGCGGGAGUAAGGCUGGCAGAUAUAUGUGAUCGUGGGAGGGAAGACGUCAAAAAUGGUGUCAGACGCUGAAAUAGUGCGACAUCUCACUGCGGUAUUGAAGAAGGCGGACUUGAAUACGACCACAACGACAGAAAUUCGGCAGCAGCUGCAGAGUGACCUGGGAGUUGAUUUGUCGGAUAAGAAGGCGUUUAUUCGACAGCAAGUUGAUCUAUAUCUGCAGAAGCAGUCGCAGGAGCAGGAGGAGGAGGCCGGCGGAGGAGGAGAGGGACAAGGGGUUAAUGAAAGAGGUGAGGAAGUGGGAGGUGGAGAGCAAGAUGUCGACGACGACAAUGAUGAUGAGGAUGAGGAGGAAGGGGAGGAGGAGCAUGGAGAUGGCAGUAGGGAGUCCAGCAAGGGUUCUAAGACCCGCGGCGAGCCUGAUUCUAAGCGGACGCGGGCCAAGAUCGAUCGCGCAAUCAAAGCGAGUGUAACGAAGGAAAAGAAGAAGAGGACAGGUGGUGGAGGUGGUCUUACGAAGGUGUGUGCUCUUUCGCCUUUGCUUCAAGCAAUUAUAGGCGAAGCUGAAUUGCCGAGAACGCAGGUGGUGAAGCAACUUUGGGCUUACAUCCGGGAACACAAUCUUCAAGACCCUGAUGACAAGCGGAAAAUUAUCUGCAACGAUGCCUUACGAAAUCUACUUGGCACCAACUCUACCGAUAUGUUUAAAAUGAAUAAGUUACUGUCCAAGCAUAUAUUUCCUCUCGACAAUAGGAGUACUGGGGCUGCUGCAAAAGGUAGAGAUAGGGACACAGAUACCGAAGAUGCUGAGCCAAAAGCUAAGAAGCAAAAAGCAGACAAAAGUGGCGGUGGUAAGGGCAAGAUUGUAGGAUUCUUAGCUCCGUGUCCCAUCUCGGAACAAUUAGCCAAGUUUUUAGACGCUGAGGAUGGCAAGGUUUCUCGAGCUGACGCGGUGAAGCGCUUGUGGAUUUACAUCAAAGAAAAUAAUUUGCAGGACCCUUCCAACAAGAAGAUGAUAGUAUGUGAUGAGCAACUUCAAGAUUUAUUUGAUUGUGAUCAUUUUGUUGGGUUUGAUCUUACUAAACUUUUGACACGCCACUUCAUAAAGCCGGAACUCCAGUAGCUUUCACUCUUUUAGGUUUAGAAACCAAAACAGCUUCUGCAUGACCAAAGAGGUUGCAUGCACGGCUACAUGACCGGGACGCCAUUUGUUCAAAAGCUUUGAGAUAGUAGACCCACGAAGAGGAGCACUGUAGUUUUUGUUCCUAAGCGGGAUUAAUGCUGUUUUAACACCUAGACUUUACCAGUACAUUGCUGUAGGUAGAGUGGUCCUUUACGAAUCACAAUGUGGCAGCAUUCCAGUCCUUUCUGUCGGAGAAGUUAUUGGAUGGUUACGCCCGGUCGAUUAGUGAAACAUUGCUCUUGUUCUUAUCAUUUGAGCUGAAUUCUUGGGCUAUCAUUCGAACAGUAUCUUUGAUUAGUGUGUUUCAAACGUGGGAGACACCCGUUCCAGGGUCAAAUUCUCUCCGAUUGUUUAUUGUAGAUGUAAUUUUAGGUUGUAUUGAUCAGAGAAAGUUUCUGUGACGUUUGAAUACUAUAUCAGAAGUGCAUCUCUUUGUCUUUCUGCCUGCCUAA